CCACACGCACUCAGAGACCAGGCUCGGCGCGUUCCGCGGCUCACACGCUCCAGCCGGAGCAGCUCCAGGCGCCGAUUCGCGGGCUGCGCGCCCUCCCGCACCUUCCGUCCCGGCGUCCCGCAGCCGGCGGGGCCCUGUGACCAGCAGUCUGUGGACAGCGGCUCUGGCUCUGACUCUCCACGGCUGGGAGCAGCAGCCACUGAUAGAGGCUGGACGGCACCAUGGCCAGAGUCCUGCAGGGCUCCCGGACUGCUCUUCUCCUGCUGCCUGUGGUUAUUGCUAUGCACUCUGAUUGCAUCUUCAAGAAGGAGCAAGCCAUGUGCCUGGAGAAGAUCCAGAGGGCUAAUGACAUGAUGGGCCUAAAUGAGUCUUCCCCAGGUUGCCCUGGCAUGUGGGACAAUAUCACAUGUUGGAAACCUGCUCAAAUAGGUGAGAUGGUCCUUGUGAGCUGCCCUGAGGUCUUCAGGAUCUUCAACCCAGACCAAGUGUGGAUGACAGAAACCAUAGGGGAUUCUGGUUUUGCCGACAGUAAUUCCUUGGAAAUCACAGACAUGGGGGUCGUGGGCCGGAACUGCACAGAGGAUGGCUGGUCAGAGCCCUUCCCCCACUACUUCGAUGCUUGUGGGUUUGAUGACUAUGAGCCUGAGUCUGGGGAUCAGGAUUAUUACUACCUGUCGGUGAAGGCCCUCUACACAGUCGGCUACAGUACUUCCCUCGCCACCCUCACCACUGCCAUGGUCAUCUUGUGCCGCUUCCGGAAGCUGCACUGCACCCGAAACUUCAUUCACAUGAACCUGUUCGUGUCCUUCAUGCUGAGGGCCAUCUCCGUCUUCAUCAAAGACUGGAUUUUGUAUGCUGAGCAGGACAGCAGUCACUGUUUCAUCUCCACUGUGGAAUGCAAAGCUGUCAUGGUUUUCUUUCACUACUGCGUGGUGUCCAACUACUUCUGGCUGUUCAUUGAAGGCCUGUACCUCUUCACACUGCUGGUGGAAACCUUCUUCCCUGAGAGGAGAUACUUCUACUGGUACACCAUCAUUGGCUGGGGGACCCCUACUGUGUGCGUGACUGUGUGGGCUGUGCUGAGGCUCUAUUUUGACGACGCUGGCUGCUGGGAUAUGAAUGACAGCACAGCUCUGUGGUGGGUGAUCAAAGGCCCUGUGGUUGGCUCUAUAAUGGUUAACUUUGUGCUUUUCAUCGGCAUCAUCAUCAUCCUGGUACAGAAGCUGCAGUCCCCAGACAUGGGAGGCAACGAGUCCAGCAUCUACUUAAGGCUGGCUCGCUCCACCCUCCUGCUCAUCCCCCUGUUUGGAAUUCACUACACAGUAUUCGCCUUCUCUCCAGAGAACGUCAGCAAGAGGGAAAGACUUGUGUUUGAGCUUGGACUAGGCUCCUUCCAGGGCUUCGUGGUGGCCGUGCUCUACUGCUUCCUGAAUGGGGAGGUACAGGCAGAAAUUAAGAGGAAAUGGCGGAGCUGGAAGGUGAACCGUUACUUCACAAUGGACUUCAAGCACCGGCACCCAUCCCUGGCCAGCAGUGGAGUGAAUGGAGGAACCCAGCUGUCCAUUCUGAGCAAGAGCAGCUCCCAGCUCCGCAUGUCCAGCCUCCCGGCUGACAACUUAGCUACCUGAGCCCUGUCUCCCUUCUCCUGCACAGGCCGGGGCUGCAGGCCGGUGCCUGCGCACGUUUGUGCCUCCCCUCUCUCCUUGGGCAGGCCCUGAGUAGGAAGCUGGGCUCCUCCCCAAGGGGGAAGAGAGAUAGGGUGUAAGCUGAUAUUGCUCCUCCUUUUUGGGUCCCAUCUACUGUGGUCCAUUGAGCUCAAUUUGACAUGUAAAUACACCUCAAAUUUGGAAAGUU